GAGCGGUGGGCGUCCGGGAUUAGGGUUAGGCGGUAGGGACUUCGUUGGUGGCGGCAGUGGUGGUGGUGCUGGCGGCGGCGGCGGAGGAGGAGGAGAUGGAGCAGAGGCAGCUCGGCGGGUGCUGCAUCGACCGGUACGGCCCCAAGGUGGAUAGGAUCAUGUCCAGGUUCAGGCCGAUCGCGCCGAAGCCGGCGGUUUCGGGAUUCCUGAGGCCGCUUCCCGGGGGUGGGCUGCCGUCGUUUGGUGGCGACGCAGCGAGGGUGUCGAGGGUGAGGAGGCGUUGCCGCCGAAGGGGCGAGGCGGCCGCAUUCGCGGCGCAUGAUCUGAGGCUCGGGCCGUACGUCAGGCAGCCGCCGCGGACUCCGGCGGUGGUCUGGCCGGUUCGGUCCGUGGGGUCUUGCGUGACGGUGGAGAGGGUGACGGAAGCGUGCGCGGGGGCGGCAAGGGUGGGGACGGGUACGGAGAGGGAGGCGAUGGGGGUGAUGGAGUCGGACCCGAUGCCGGGGUUCGUGUCUGGCCCCUGCGGGUCGGUGGUGUGGACGAACGAGGCGUAUCGGAAGAUGGUGGGGGGUGGUGCUGGUGGCGGAGUGGUGCUGCUUUGGAAGGGCGGGAAGGAGGUGCUAGCGGAGGAGGAGGAAGAAAGGAAGGUGUUGGCUUGCAGGGUGAAGGUGGAGUGGAGCGGCGGCAAGGUGACUGUGCCGGCCGACGUGUGGAGGGUGGCGGGAGGGUCGCUUGCAUGGAGGCUUGACGUUAACGCUGCUCUCAGCCUGGGCAGGUAAGGAAGAAAGGAGAGCGAUCGAGGACGGAGAAAGAGAAAAGGAGCCAUCUUCUUCGUCCUCCUCUUCUUGGUGGUGCUGCUCCUGGUUUCCCCGUUGGUUGUAUUAGAUUGCGGGGUCGCGGUCUGCUCUGGAAGGGCGUGAAGGUCGGAGCAGGUUCUUCUACUAUGCUUUUGAGAGAGAGAGAGAGAGAUAUGUAUGUACUCUUGUAAUGUUUACAGAAACUGUAAAUAGAAGUUAGCUCAUGUUCGUUUGGUUUCUUUUUAUGGUAAGGGAUCGGUUCUUGUGA